UUUAGACCAUAGCGAUUUAGCAUCCAAAGCAUUAGUUAGGCGCAGAGCGCUCUGCUUCGCAGAUGAAGAAGUUCGAAAACAAAUUGGGGAUAAAAUCUCCAACGACACUCUACGUAAAAGAACUGAAAAGGCAAGGAAAAUAUUUGCUCUUUUUAACAGCGGUUUUAAAGAGAAAGAUGUGAAUGGUAAACUGCAAUACGAAAAAACUAAAUAA